AUGGCUGCCAAGCAGGAGGCAAAGCUACAGAGGAAACUGUGUCAAAGUACGCCGUGUUUUGUACCAAGUUCCUAAGGUGUGCUAUAGAAACCUUGAAAAAUGUGAAAGCCAAGGGAAAUGACCUUACUGAGGUCACAGAUGCCUUGAAAGUAGGUAAGAUGAAGCAUGUGAACAUCUUUAGUUGUUGUUUGGGAGUAAGGUCUUUUCUGAGUUCCUAAGAUAAGCCUAAAAUAAUGCUUACUCUUAAAAUGGGACCAGCUUCAAAACCUUACUAAUGAAAAUGAGUUUUAUUUAUAACACACACACACACUUAACACACAUACUUUAUUAUUAUUAAUAAUCUACAUUUACAUAAAGUCCAUUUCCGCCCACAAAUAGCAGGUGCUAGUCAAGGCAGGAGGAGAUAAUAGGUACAGCAGUCAGUAAUAAAUAACAAAUAAAUAGAUGAAUAAAUAAAUGAAUAAAUAACUAGAUAUAUAUAAAUGAAGUAAAGCUUAAACAUAAAUUAAAAACAUUUACAAAAUCACCUACUUGAAACUCGAAAAAUUAACUGCGACACUAAAUUAAGAUAUGUAUACUUUAUAAAUUAAACUCCGUAUUUGCUCGAUAGUUAGCUAUUUUUUGAAGCAGAAUGGGCGAUUCAACAUAACUGUCCUCGGCCUCUAAUAACAAAAAUAGCAUGUCAUUGAUAUGUUUUUUGAAAGCUCUCUUGGGGAGAUGACGAAGUUCAUCGCAUAUUGAGUUCCAAAGCUUAGCUCCGAACCUAGCAAAAGAACCAUGGUUUUGAUUCAGUCUCGAUCGGUUGAUAUAAAAAUUGCAGGAGGAGGAGAACCUGGUCUCGUGAUUAUGCUUUUCAUUAGCAUUAAUGUUAUUGGGAACAGUUAGACGAGACGUCGAACAUUAUUGAGGAAACUGUUUCAACGUAUAACAUAUUUAAAGGAAGGAUUUUUGAGGAGGUAAAUAAAGGCACCGCAUAUGCUCUGGGUUCAGAAAAAUACAUCAACCGAAGGACACGUUUUUGUAGCACGAGGAUUUUUUGUAAAUGGGAUUUAGCAGCUUGACCCCAAGCAGCCAAGCCAUAGGAUAGGUAGGGUAGUAUCAAAGAGUGAUAAAUACUUAAUAGUGUGGUAAAAGGGACGAGGUGCCGAAGACAGGCAAUAACUCCAAUAAUUCUACUUAUUUUUAGUGCUACAUUGUCAAUGUGGUAUUUCCAGCUCAAAUGACUAUCCAGUAAGACACCCAGAUAUUUUACAUGAUCCUUACACUCAAGGGAAGUAAGAAUGUGAUUACUAUUAUCAAACAUUAGAAUAUUGACCGAAUGGUCCAUCUUACGUUGGUGAGGACGAAAGUUAACAAAGUUUGAUUUUUUAGCGUUUAAUGUUAGCUUAUUUGCAUUGAGCCAAUCCUAGACUCUGACCAGUUCUUUAUCGACCAUUUUUUCAAGAGAAUUAAGAUUUUUGUCGGCAUUCAACAACUUUGUGUCAUCUGCAAAAAGGUAAAACGAAAAUUUCACUGAAGAAUAAAACUUUACAACCUACUUAUGGUAUGGGACUCCCAGGUACAUACAACACAUUUCACAGUGGAAAGAAAUAGCAUUUUCAACAUGGUGUGAGCAGGGCACAACAAAGUGCUAUCUGAUAAUCCAGAGCCAGUAUUGAGUAAGGCUUAAACAUGGGUCAAAUAUAAGUUGUCCGAUAAGCACACCACAUUUGCUUUAAGUGUGAGAUUAAUAGAGGGCUAUAAAGUUACAUGUAACUUGCAAAUUGUUUUGUUCAUAUUUCAGUGGGGACAGUUCUCAACAACACUUUAUCACUCCAUCAUGGAAACUACCUGAAGUUUAUUCCUUCAGUAGAUCAGCUUGCUAAAACACUUUACCUUAUUGUUGCUCAGCUCAUUGCCAAGGCACAGUUUGAAAGGGCUCUCGAUCAUGCUAAUGACCUAUAUAAAUUCAUCCAGAUUCUUAAGGCAUGGAAGAGCUAUGACAGUGAAAAGAUGGACAAGGAAAUUGGAUCACUUUGUUUACGUUCAUCUGAUUUGUUAUUUCAAGGAGCUGGGAAGCUUGAGGAGGCAAAAGUACCUCCAGCGGAACGACCAUCACACUUGUGUGUUGUGUUAGACUGGAGAAAGCUCUCAUUGCUUUUUCAAGCAGAAGCAAAUGUAAAUUCUUCACUAAAAUCCUUAGUGGAUAGAACUCUGAAAUAUGGGACAAAAUUUCAAGUGGAUUGUGGGCCCAAGAAUGUUGAUUUUAAAACCUUAGCAAGCUUCUUUGAAACCAUUUUUAGCGUGCUCAUGAACAAGCAAGAACAACUGAUUGCAAAUGGACGAGAAUUUACAGUUCUCUUGGCUGAACUUGGAGUUCAUCAUGACAGAAUUUGUAAUAAGGCUGGAAACCCAACAGAUGCUUUGGCUAUG